AUGGCCCACUCUAACCUCCCGCAACCUGCCAUCUUUAACCAUGUGAAGCAUCAUUAUGAUGAGCUUACUACUACCCUUCAACCAUUUCUUGAUCGCCAUGCUCCUAAUGCAAGCAAGCUGACGAUUGAUGAUGACAAUGUUGGUAGAGGCUUAAUAUGCGCAUUUGCCAAUGGCUCUUCCAAGAUCGAGGGUGUGAUGCUUUACCUCAAGAAACCAGAGAUUCAACGCUAUUUGGAAAAGCAAGGCUACAAAUGUACGCCAUGCCCCGCUUCUACAGUGAUCCAAUGUGUCAUGACCAACAAAUCUUCAUCUUCUUUAGCCAAAUUGUAA